ACAGAGGAUAAAACUACUCAAUCUUGCUCGCAUUGUAGUUUUCUUGGUGGGGAAGAUGGUCGUGGGUUCGAGACCGUGCACGGGCAUAGUGCUGGUGUUUCUGCUUUUCAUGGCGGAUUUGGGGAUAUCUGUGGGUUCUGCCGACGUUUUGUGGGGAGAAGAAGAUGUCCUGAAAAUUUCUUCGUUUUAUUCCAAGAAGAAUUGUCAUGGGUCAGUCGGGGAAUGUUAUCUUGACGAAGAAAUGGACAUGGAUCCGGUAAUUAACAAGGGCAUGUUGGCGACGAACAAGUACAUAAGCUAUGAUGCCCUGCUGCCUGAUAGAGUGCCGUGCCCCAAGACGGGUAAUUCUUAUUAUAACUGUGGGAUAUCUGCAGAGGCAAAUCCUUACAGGAAGUCUUGCACUAUGAUUACUCGCUGUGAAAGGCAAACUUACUGAUGCAUUUUCUUCAUCUCGAUUUCUCGCUUUUUGUGUAAGCUAUUUAAAGUAUAAGGGGAUUCUGUUUUCAUUUUCUUUCAGCUGGGUCGUUAAUUUAUUUGCAGGAUCUGUUGCAGGUUCC